CCCCGCCUAUCCGUGCGUGGGGUUUCCCGGCGCUGUCCGCAGGGUUACCGCGCCCAUCUCUGCUCGAUGGCUGAGGGGAUCUGACGGGGACGGCGGUUCCUGCGCGUUAUUGUGUGUUUUCUUUCCCGCUUUAGAGCGCUCGGAGACGGCGGCAGUGCGGGGAGUCAGGCGCUGAUACCCCCACCGAGGAGGGAGAGAGACAGAGAGGUCGCCGCCGCCGCCCUCCCGUCACCGCCCCGAACGUCUCCCGCUUCCCCCAUCCUCCCCGUCCCCCACCCCCCCCCCUCACCUCCCAGCACCGGAGCGCACGGCCUCUGGGGGAAGGAGGACACGCGGUGCCAGCGGAUUGCAGCCCCUGGGGCCGAACCGACGAGAGGCCGAGGAGGAUAUUACCCGGAGUGGAUGGUCACACAUUGGGCGGACAGCAGAACUGAUUGUUGGUGGUAGAGAAGCCUCAUUUUUAGUGAAGAAAGAUGAGUGAACUCGAUCAGCUACGCCAGGAGGCUGAGCAACUAAAGAACCAAAUCAGAGAUGCCAGGAAAGCAUGUGCAGAUGCCACUCUGGCCCAGAUCACGGCCAAUAUUGAUCCAGUAGGACGAAUUCAGAUGCGCACUAGACGUACGCUGAGAGGACACCUUGCUAAAAUCUAUGCUAUGCACUGGGGUACAGAUUCCAGGCUGCUAGUUAGUGCCUCCCAGGAUGGCAAGCUUAUAAUCUGGGACAGCUACACCACAAACAAGGUUCAUGCAAUUCCUUUGCGUUCUUCUUGGGUGAUGACGUGUGCGUAUGCCCCAUCUGGAAACUACGUGGCUUGUGGUGGUCUUGAUAACAUUUGUUCAAUUUACAACCUAAAAACUCGUGAAGGAAAUGUGCGGGUGAGCCGUGAAUUGGCUGGUCACACAGGCUACCUGUCCUGUUGUCGCUUUCUGGAUGAUAACCAAAUUAUUACCAGCUCUGGAGAUACCACUUGCGCUCUUUGGGACAUUGAAACUGGCCAGCAGACAACCACCUUCACUGGGCACACUGGGGAUGUCAUGAGCUUGUCCCUUGCUCCAGAUUCAAGGUGCUUUGUGUCUGGGGCCUGUGAUGCCUCAGCCAAACUUUGGGAUAUCCGAGAAGGAAUGUGCCGACAGACUUUUACAGGACACGAGUCUGACAUUAAUGCGAUCUGUUUCUUCCCUAAUGGCAAUGCUUUUGCCACUGGCUCAGACGAUGCCACAUGCAGGCUUUUUGAUCUCCGUGCGGACCAGGAGUUGAUGAUUUAUUCCCAUGACAAUAUAAUCUGUGGCAUCACUUCAGUAGCAUUUUCCAAGAGUGGACGUCUCCUCUUAGCUGGAUAUGACGACUUCAAUUGCAAUGUCUGGGACACACUUAAGGCUGACAGAGCAGGCGUCCUAGCUGGUCAUGAUAACCGUGUAAGCUGCUUGGGAGUAACAGAUGAUGGUAUGGCAGUGGCAACAGGGUCAUGGGACAGCUUCCUCAAGAUUUGGAAUUAAAGUCUAUUCCCAGCUGACUUCUCCAUGACUGGAAGAGCAUUCCAACCUUCGAAAUUUUAAAUCAUAGCAUAUCCGAUCCAACCAUACUAACGUGGACACCCACUCUCCCUACUCCCGUACAUCAAAGGGCAGAACCUCUCCUCUCAUUUUUUUGCUGAAAACAAGAGCACAAUUAUUUGCUAUAGGAAGAAUUGUUUUGUGGUUCUGAAACUGAAAAUUGUGCAUUCCUUUUGGGACCACCCCCCCCCCUUCCCCCACAUAUUAUAUAUAUAAAUAUAUAAACAAUUUUUUUUCUUUAAAUUCUUUCUUUACCUUUGUUUGUCUUGAAUAAUGAUACAAAACACUAUACGAGCGCAGUAAGACAUAACCAGUAAGUAGCUAUAUUGAGCGUAAAGUCCAUUUCAUGAUUGUUCAUUCAAAGGUUUUUGGAGCAAAGUCGGUCUUUUAAACUUUUUUUUUUUUUUUUUGUAAAUCAGAUGUCUAUAGCAGUUGUUGUGAGAACUGCAGCAGUACCAGGAUUGUAAAAUAAGAAGUUAUGUGGGUUAUUUUUUAUGUUAAUUUCUUCCCUCCACAUUUCUAAUUCUGAUCCAUUAAGUUAAGGUCAGGUGUGAUACAUUUGUGUCGGGGCCUUUUUAUGUUGUAAGUGUCCCUAUAUUGUCUUGUGAAAAUCUGUUGCACAGAUACAGAAACAUACAAACAUUAAAGAGCAUACUAGCCAUCGGCUUGCCCUUAUGUGAUGGUCAUGUUAAAAUCUGUUGACCCCUGGUAGGAAGCUCCAGUAAUUGAGUUACUUUUGAGCGCCAACUGUUUAUGGAAAUGUAGUAACGCAAUGCCUGGAGUGCCUUCAGAAUCUCUCGUCCUCUAAGAAUAUUUAACAUCUGCGUUUGAACCCUGCAAAAGUUUUGAUUGGAGUGUUGUAAGGACUCAAGUGUGCUGCGCUCUAGAACACCAAUACCAAUGAAUUGUGUUCCUGGAAUGCAUGUACACAAUCCCACCUACCCCCUCUGCAUAUUCGACGACAUUAGUACUCCUACACACAUAACGUGUGAGAACAGUUGAUCAGAAUUAAGCUGGUGGCAUCCACUGUAUAAUGGGAAGCACCAGCGAUGUGAUCUGUAAUAUCUGCUCCCCCUUGAGCAGAGACUCUAGAUGAGUCUCUAGACUUACUGGUGCUGUAUACUCCUGCCAGGGGUUUUGUUUUUUAUAUAUAUUCUUUUUUGUCGGCCCCCCCCCCCCCCCCCCUUCACCACGUCCUUCAACGUUCACUUCACUGUCAAAUCCUUCACCUAGACCUGAAUCAUUCAUUCAGACUCCAGCUUCCCUGCAAACUUGUUCUGUUAACACUGGGAAUAGAUUUUGAGAAAUAAAAGGGUAUCUUUCAUGAACACUACCCUAGUCCCGUAUUGAUAGAUUAGGAGCAGCCGUGGACAGAAGUACCUGUCUGUACUCUUUGGAUAUACAGUCAGAUGUGUAUGAAAUGAUGUACAAAUUUAAUGUUUUUGAAAAUAAUGAUCUUGAACUUUCUAAGUUAAAACUUACGAAAGCUUUUAUUAUGUUGGCGGGGAGGGGGUGUGUUUGCCAUAGGGAUGGGUUUUCCUCUUAAGAUUGCAUGCUGUAGAGUUGCUUAAUGUGCAAAUAGAGUCCCUAGAUGAUUGUUUGUUUUUUAUUAUUAUUUUUUUUGUUUGGGUUUUUUUUUGCCCCUGCCCUUUAAGAAAACUUGUUUAAGAAUGAAAUUUGCGGUUGUGCGUUUAUUUUAUGUACUCACAGCUACUCUGUAUACACUUUCAAAGUUCAGUGCGAAAUUGUGAGCACUAAGAGUAGCUCAAUUCACUUUUUUCUUUUUUUUUUUACAAAUGUACAAAACAUCCUAUUCAAACAAUCGCAUAAAAAAAUAUUAUUAUUUUUUUUUUUACAGGAAGGGUUGGGAAUUGUGAAAUUAAACUUUAGUUGGUUUAAAUUGAUGCUUCUCAGCCUGUUCUUGUAGCUAAAGGAUCUUGCAUCUAAUUUGUUUUGUUUUUCUAAGAACGACUUUCCCUGCAAUUUAUUUUAGUCUCCUGUGCAUUGCUUCUUUAUUACUGUAAAGAUCUGUAAACCAAUAUGCGAGAUCUGCCCUACUGUUCCACAGAUCUGUACAGUAAAAAAAAGUAGCCCACUAUAAUUUAAUUAGCUUCUUCCUAAUUGUAUAUGAAUGAUACUCAACCUUUAGCAGUAGAGGCUUUAUUUUAUUUUUCUCUUUCUAUACAAAAGUACUGUAAUUGUGCGUUAGGCCGGGAACUGGCAGAGAACGAGAUGCCCCGCCCACUUUUUGCAUAAAUUACUCUAGAGCUCUCUGCACCCCCUUCUCCCUCUCACCUUUUGUAUUUAAUUUUAAAGUCAGUGUACUACAAGAACGCUGGAUGCAAGAUAGAUACUAUAUUAAAAUGUACUGUUAUUUAAGAUGUAAUAAAGCAGUUUGACAUGAGUUUA